AUGACCACAUGGCUGUUCCGGGUUGUUUUUGACCGCGCCUGCGUUCCGCAUUUCCCGACGUCGAGAGAGAGGGCACCGCCUGACAGCCCGCUUAUCUGCCGUAUCUUGUUUGAUGGCAAGGAGGCCAACCUUGACGUGGCGCCCGCGCCUCACCACGCCGCAGCAAGCAAGCCGGUCGCUUUCAAAUAUCGUAUCCGGGCCUCUACCUGGAAAGACCUUGCCGCAGCAUUUAGUCAACGCCGUGCCUGUCUACAAGUGAUGUGCCUUGACGCGGCGGAAGAAGAAGCUGCGCGGGACGCCGAUUUAAAUGAGGAUUCGGUGGUGGGAAUUGCCUCAAUAGACCUGCUGUCUCUGGCACAGAAUGUCACCGCUCAGUACGAGCUUCCACUAAGAGCCCCUGACGCGGGUUCCGACACCACGAAGCUGGGUCGAUUAUCUGUGUGUAUUACGAUGGAACAGCUGUGUGACUUCAGGAUGCAGCUAAAAGAGAUGCGUGCUUCUGGUCUCGAAACUGGUGCGUACAAGCUACGCUACUUUCUCUCCGCAAGUAGUGUAUAUGUAUGUAGCAGUGAGUCGCGCUCCAAGUUGGGAUCUGCCACGUGGACGAACGGAACACUCCAAGAGCUGCUGUUUCAAGGGACUUUGCGGGCGUUGGCGUCGCGGGACUUUACUAUCUCGCUUCUGAAGUCUGGCGAAAACGGCAGAGGGCCACCUGUCGCAAUAUUUACAGUCUCUCUUUUGCAGGUGCAGGCGAACGCGUCGGAGACGGUGAGGGAGAUUCCCUUUCUGCUUGAGGACCCCGAGUCUCCCGCGAUCCUCUCUGGUGUCCUGCAGCUGAGCGAACUGCCUGUGUUUCAGCAGAAUAUUCGACUCCUGCCGACGGCUUGCCGGUCCUACACCUGCGACGAGGCGCGGAAUAAGUGGAGGCGCCCCGACGCGGUUGCUGCGCUGGGGCAGUCGUACGAAGCGGCCACGCCAACCGCGCCACUGCAGCGGGCACCCGCGUCGGGGGAGGCAACGGCACGGGUCAUCGACUUGCCGACUGCGCCGCCCCCCGCGCCUUUGGGUGCGGUGCCGGCCGCGGCGACGUUGGGGCAAGCGGUGGAUGAGGCCCCCGCACGCCCUCCGUUGGGAGAGGGCGGCGGUAGUGCGAGAGCCGGUUUGGCUCACAGUGGCAGCUCUACCUCAUGCAGCGACGUCUGCGGCUUGAGGUCUCCGCCUCGUGAGGAGGACUCGAGGAGCUACACGCAGCCUUUGAACGGUGCCGCCUUGGCUCAUGAGUGGUCAUUACCGCAAGAGCAAGGAGGACGGGACGGAGGCGCCACCGCAUCUGCCUCGCCCCCGCCACGGUUCACAGCAACGGAUAUUACGGAGGCGAGUGAACUGUCCCUUCACUUUGCUGGCACCAAAGAGGACAAGCUGCUGCAGAAAGAACAAGAAGAAAAAGGGGAAAGGCAUCACCUGACUGCAUUCUAUGGCACGCUGCAAAGGGAAACUCAGCAGCAGCAGCAGCAACAUGAUGAAGCUGGAAAAGAAGAGGAGGAAGGGGAUUGCAAGCAACUCAUGCAUUCCGUGUACCAUCUCCUCCAAGAAUUGGAUUGCGUGGAGGAACGCAUUGUUAUUCUGCAAGAGUGUUUAGAAAACACAUGUAUGUUGCCCGGCAGCGCCGAUAACGACGCGGCCACGCAAAUUGGCGCCUUGGAGCAGCAGUUGUCGGAGCUGGGCAUGGCCGAGACAACCCUCAUGCAGCUUGAGGCGCGCCUCCAGGAGCGGUUUAGGCUCUGCGCUGAGCAGUACCGCACCUCCGAGGCGGAGUUCCGUGCGUCCGUGCGGCGCCUGGAGGUUUAUGCCGAAGUACUGAUAAAUAUUGAUCGCGGCGUCUCCGCUGAGAUGCAGGGGGAGGAGCUGGGCGAACCUUCGCCCAAGGGCACCGCGGCGAUCUGCCACCCACCGCGCCCUCCAUGUACACCCAAACCGACGUGGAGGUAG